ACACAAAAAACGAAUACGUCGCGAAAAGUAGCAACCGAGUAGUGAGAAGAGCCACACACAAAAGUCCUGUGCGCUGAUUGCUGAAGUGGAAGAUUAGGGCUGAGAAGAAAAAUUUUCCAUCGCGUUUUUCACCGAUUUCCUGUGCUAAAAUUCACCCGUCGCGUAUCGCAAAAUGUUGACCGCGGUCGGUCCGGUUCGAAUUCGGUUGCGCUGCCGCUGAUCACGUUCGCUUUGGCCGGUAAAAGUGCUCUUCUUUCUGGGUCAUCGUCGUCGCCGAGAAAGAACCUAAAGUUUUUUUUUUUUUCCUCCUGGCUGCUAUACGACGGGUCGAGAGACAGGAAGAAAGAAUACACACUCAAAAAAUCGGUGAGGAGAGGGCUGACUGCUACAACAGUCUGGCAGCGAACCCCAGUGCGAUACGCAAUCCGAACUGUACGGUGGCGACAUCUGCGAGCGCGAAAAGUUUCCGCUUUCCUAUCGCAGUGUAGUGCAAAAUUUGUAGUGUGCGUGUGUCUCCUCCAUCGGUGAGCCCGUGUGCGCGUGUGUGUGCCCUCAGAUAGCACCACAAAACAAGAAGAAAGAAGAAGGAGGAGGCGAACACUAGUUUUUACCACCCCCCGGGUCCGGCGCCCGCUACAAACUGCUGCUGGCUGACACUUCGGUUCGGUGUUCGCGAUUUUGGGAAACCAAGUUACUGGUGCGAGCCGGUUUCAUUCGUAAGCAGUGUUUGAGCCAAUUACGGCCGGAGCUGCGAACCUGUGUGGUGGUGGUUACUGCAGAGCUCGGAACCCGGCUCCGACGGAAAAAUGUGCGAUGUUUGUUCGGGAUUCCUGAAUCUUCUGGGGUCAUACGAAUCUCGACUCGCCAACAAUGAAACGGAACAUCCGGUAUUUCUCGCCAAGCGAGAAAUCGAAAUCGUCAUCGGCUACAUCCAGUGUUGGCCGGCGCGGCAGUGCAUGUGCUGCUACCGGGACCCGAAAAACUUCGAACGCUUCAAUCUGGUAGUGCAAGCCAUCGUCUACUUUACGGUGUACCAGCUGAAGAACAUCAAAGGUCUUCUCGAUCGUGAGCAGGAGAAAAUUGCUGCCGCGGCAGCGGCGGCUCCUCCAGCGCAAGGGUCGGCCUCAUCGUCAUCGCUAUCAUCGACGACGUCAUCUUCGGCGUCCUCAUCUUCGUCGAACAGUGGAAAGGACGAUGAGAAGCAAGCGGAGAAAGAUGUCAAUGCGAAGGAAGAACCACCCGUUCAAGAUUCCGAGAAAAAGGAACAGUCCGAACCGGAAGAUCUAAAAAAUAUAAAACUGCAGCAGGAUUCGGUUCCAACUUUAGACGACUGCUGGACUCUACUGGAUGUGGAAAAGCUUUUGCUGCUCUCAUCGAAGGCUUUUUUGCUGAACUUCCCUCUAUAUGUCGCCUACAAACAUGGCGUCCACGCCCGGAUGGACGAAAUUUCUCCGCAGGAAGCGCAAACGUUGAGUAUCUUCUGCGAUCUGCACGACAACGAAAUCCCGGCUUUCCUACUGCGGAAUGUUUCCCUAUUUUGCACCUCCGGUGGAUUUGAUGCUAUGAUGGCCAGCUUCGAGCAUCCGAAUCUGCCCGUUCCUAUUGCUCACGCAAUCACGGCGGCCAUUUCCAAUCUAAAACUGUGGAUCAACUAUCGAUCCAUAAUCCAGUUGUUUAUUCCAAUACGAGUGAAAAUUUUGCAGUACAUGUGUAAGCUGUCGGAUCAGGAUCUGCGCUCCCCGGCCACCAAAUCGAUGGCGGAUUUCAUGUGGACCGCUAUCAAAGACCCUCUUGAUUCGCAGAUAACCUUCGACACCGAAGGCCUAGCAUUGGCAUUCAAAUAUUUUACCAGUUCUACGUUGACGAUGCGAUUGGCCGGGAUGGCUCAAAUCAACGCUCACAUAAAUCUGUUCAAUGAAAUCUGCACCACGGAAACCGUAGCCGAGGUGGAAGUCGUCGGCCAGAAACUCGCCGAUUGGCUGACCGAAAAUCAAAUUAUAUCUCACCUAUUCGGGCCGAACCUGCAUGUGGAGGUCAUCAAGCAGAGUCACAUUGUGCUCAACUUCCUGGCAGUUGAGAAUCAAAUCAGCGAAGAUCACAUCACCCUCAUAUGGCAGGCAGCCCAGCUCAAGCAUUGUUCUAAACCCAUUUACGAUAUUUUACCCUCGCUUGUUAAAAACCUGGCCCCGCGACCAGCGUCACAUCUUUACUCAUUACUUUCCCGACUAGAUCCAAAAGAGCACACUGAACAGUCCAUUUAUAUUGCGUCCGCUUUGACGAAGCUAAUCUGGGCCAGGGAUUGUUCCCGUUUGACGCUGAUGGAUCUGGCAAAAAACAACGUGCUACGAGAGGCAGCGGCAGUGGCAGCAGCUGCUGCUGCAGCCGCUCGUGAAGCAGAAUUGCCUUCAAGUUCCGAGAACUCAGUUUCCGUGGAUGGAAGCAAUAGCGAGGACGAACCGCAAGAGGAGGACAGCUCCGAUCCAGAUCACCCGGGUACUGCGGCCGAAGCCGCGGUAGCUGCUGCCAAGUGUAUCGCUGUAGCAGGUCGAUCACAUCGGAUACCACCUGUUGUGGUCGCAGCUGCGGCCGCUGCGUCACCGGUCGUAGCUGGACCUUCGUCAUCGUCGUCGUCGUCGGGAGGUGUGGCAGCCGCAGCCGCUGCCGUAGCCUCUGGUGGUGUGAAGAGUACUGCUGCCCUUGCUGCAGCGGCGGUGGCGGCGACCAAUCUAAUGGAUGCGGACGAGUCGGAUUCUGGGGUGGCGGUACCGCCUCCCUGCAAACAAGCCAGACACAAGAACUGCUGUGACGAGACUACUGACGAUAGUAUCAAAGUAGAACAGGAUAUUUAUGACGUCGAUCAGCGACUUAAGGAAAAAAUGCGCAUUCCCUUGGUGAGCCGUUCGUUGGUGACUACCUCCGGCUUUGUUGAAGAUGCUGGCACAAGCAGUGAAGAGGACUGCCUUGACAUGAGCGAAGCAUUCUCAGCCAUGCGAAAAAAGAUGCUACGCAAAAAGCGCAAAAAGAUCAGUGGAUUAACUCGUAAAGAACUGCAGGAAAUGGCCGAAAGCGUAUCGGACGUGGAAGACAGUGACCUGCUGGCCGCUAUGCUUCCGGAUAGCGAUUGCAGCGAUACGAAUCUACAAAGCUCGGUGCUAAGGCACAUGGGUGCCCAUCACGGCGCAAUGGGUCCCGUAGGUCCCGAACCGGGACCCAGUGGGGUCCAUCCGGUAGGACAAGACGUUCCACCAUUCAUGGGUGCGAUGAGCGAAGGUCACUUGAUAAACUUCCUGAAUGCUACCGAAAACGAUGGCAGCUGCUCGUCUCCUUUAAGCAAUAAGUCCGAGAAAAACAUGGGAGAUUUUGACGACGAGGACUCGCCAUGUGAAGAAGAGCUUGUCGAGCUGGCAGCUCGAGCGCAAUGUUUACAUCAACAGUUCCCUCUACCGCGGCCACGAUCAUUAGGGCCUGGAAUGUCACACGGAUCCCCUCAGGCUCGAACCAAUACUCCAAACAUAACCCUGUCGCGGGCACAUCACGAUCGGCUCUCGAGUUCUGGCGGAAGCAUUGGCCCAAUGACGCAUCCUAUGACUCCCAGUGUUUCGAGCGGUGGAACUCCACCAUCAAGCGGUGGCAAGGGGAAAACGAAUCCAGCGGUGACUCCAUUGACAAUGGGGGGAAAGACUCCGUUGGUGGCUUCUAAGGAUAUGUUGAUUGCUGCCGGUGCAAGUGGAUGCAUAAGUAACAGCGGAGGACUGGGGGUUGCUUCAUCACCUAACUUUAGAUUUCCGGACGUUUGUCAACCGGGGAAUACGCUGCUGUGGGAUUUACUUCAGGACGAUAAGAUUGGUCAAUUGGGCGAGUCACUCGCCUUGGAAGCGGAGAAAGUCCUUGGAACCUUGCUCUGCUUCCACACGGAUAAAAUUAUCAGAACCCGCUUUAUCGAAGGAUGUCUUCAGAACUUGUCAGAAAAUCGAAGCGUGGUAACCAGUCUGCGGUUACUUCCGAAGCUGUUUGCAUCAUUCCAGCAGUUUAGGGACGUCACAACCCACCAGGUCGUACUAUGGGCUGAACGUCAUCAUCGGAUGAUGCACCAUUUCUUCAACAAUCUCAAACAUUACACCAACGGAACGGGACGCAGUGGGCGACAAUCUGAGUCGCCAACGAUAGUAUUAAAUCAGAAUGGCUUCCCGCUAUACUCACACGUGACGCAAAUCCAGGUUCGGCUGCAGUUCCUAUCGUCCGUCUUCAGUGACGUAGGAUCACCGAGAAAUUUCAAGCUAACGCUCAGUCAGGUUGAUACUCUGUGGGCUUGUUUGGCAAACGAUUCUGAAUGCAGUGAUUGCCUGUUUGCAUGGCUACAGGGACAGGUGAAAGGUGGGGAUACUCACGCCCUUGGAAUCAAUGCGGUUCAGCAUCUGUACUUGAAGAGGCUAUCGGAAUUGAAGCCGGAGGGAAUCUCAAUGGUGGCACUGGGCUUGUUCCAGCAAUUGUUUACCUUGGGACGCGAAGAGAUCAUCAGUCAUCCCAGUGAGAGUCAAGAAUCGAGUGACUCGGUUGGAAUGGAGCACCUAUGGAAAAUUGCUCUGAGGGCGCACAAUACGGACGUUUCCUUGACCGCGAUUCAGUAUAUCAACACCUAUUAUAUGGAGAAACAGCUGAAGUAUGAGAAUCAAUUUGUGGCCCAGUGUAUGAACCAUCUAACGCAAGCUGUGGAGGAACUGGAUCGCCAAGGUCCUGGUUCGGAGAAUGCGCUAAUGUGUGUCCAACGAGCCUUGAUGCUUUUGAAUACCCACUUGGAAACAUUCCGACGAAGAUACGCAUACCACCUUAGACGAUGGGCCCUUGAGGGAAAAGAAGUCGGAAUGCAUAGUGCUUUGCGAAGUGAAGGUCCAGGUCCUCCGAUACGAAUCGUCCUACAACCCGCUGGAGUACCAGAAAAGUCUGUACUUCAUCUACACGCAACGGAUUUGGUAGCAGAUCUCAAAGCCGAGAUUGCCAAAUGGUGGGAAAGUAUCCAAGGGUCUGUCAAAACUGCUCAUAACGAAAGUGCGGCACGGACCGGAUCCGGGGCGGUACUCGGUCUUUUGCUUAGUGAAGGACCAUUGCGAAUAAUCACCCAAGGUCAGGAAAUCACUGCCGAAUACGACGAACGUAGUCUGGCCGAUGUCGGAUUCAAAGAUAAUCAAAUGGUGUACGUCUCUAUGGGAAGCCGCGGUGGACGUCGUCGAGACCAUCACGAUCACCCCUCGAUGCAACCGCCGCCGCCAAAGGAUUGUCUCCCAACACUCUUACUGCUCAAAAGUCCAUACUUCGAACAACUUUUCAAACUGAUGCAAACUCUAGGUGAUAUGAAGUUAAUCGGUCCUGGUGGUCGCAUUCAACCUAACACGAAAGCCCAGUUGCUAUCCCGAAGAGUAUGGGACAUCCUUGCCAUGCUUCCAACGGCUCCAACCUUCCUGAGCACGCUAAAAAACUUGUCUUUCAAAGAACCAAACUCGGAACCAACGAUAGAUAUGGAUUGUCCUGACACUCCGACGUACACUCUCCGGGAAAUCCUGGAGCCACGCAACCUACAGAAGUUCAUGUACUCUCUUCACAUCGUGGAGAGCCUCUGCAAGUCGAAGUUCAUAAGCAGUUGCUGUGGUGGCGGUGGUUCCGGCAGUGCCCCAGUCAAUCCGGGUCCCAUUGGUGUGCCGAUCGCUGCCACCACUUCCGGUAUGCCGGGUGGAUCGCGAUCGGCAAUCGGACCCAGUGCCAGCAGUGCGAAAAGUCUGUCGGUUAAGAAUCAGCUGAAGUUGAAAAUUUCCACUUCCAAGUCGUUGAAGCUACAGAACCAGAAGCUGGCCAAACAGCAAGCCCACGUGCUGGGAGUAAGCAAUAGCAACGGUGCGGGGAUUAUUUCUCCCGGCAAGAAGAGCGUUUCGCCUUCCGGGGAACGGAAGAUGGAAGUUUGUGAAGGGGUUGGGACGGUGAGUGAAAUGGAGAACAAAGAAAAUAAGGGCGAGGAAAGUGCGGUGUUCGAAAAGAAGGACGAUAGAAAGGAUGACGACAAGGAGAUGGAGGCAAACAUCGACGGUGAAACGGAAAGUCGAGUCCAAACGGAUCAACCACAGCUCUCGCCACCGGUUCAUCCGGUUCCUCCACCGCCAAAACUGCCUAGCAGCAGUCCAGUCAGUGCAUCGCUUGAAUGGAGCGAACAGUUCAUCAAAUGCGGCGGCUUAGCCCAUCUUUAUCAGAUCUUCAUAUCGGGCGUUCUGCAGAAACAAUCCGUGGCCAAGGAUGGGGACGACCUGAACGAGUGGCGUCACGAUUGUCUGGCCAGUUUGCUGCGAAUCCUCUGCCUGCUUGGGAUGGAAGAAUUCAAACCGGAAAAUGAAAACGCCAUUAUCAUCCCGAAACUAAACCGACACACGCUGGCGCUGAUGGAGGUGCGACCCACCCUCGAACGAAUAGCGGGCAUUUUGAACGAGGAAUCGUUCCCGCUGAGUCCACACCACUUCAAGACGGGUCUGUUUGGGCGAGCUCAGGUCAUCCACUAUGCAAUGAAUCUGUUGGUUUGCUACGCUCAUUCGCUGGCGGAGGUUAGAUCUACGCUGUGGAAAGUCGAAGCUAAUCUGGCCUGGGUGCAGAGGUUGAUACUGGACGACCCGGAACCGGCCGUACGGAGAGAGGCUUGCGCCGCACUCUACCGGAUGUGUUUGGGUAAUGCUCAAACCUAUUACGAAUUGAUGGCUCCGUUACUUUCUAAGUUGGUAGCACUGUUGCCUCUGGCAGAGAAGAUGCGCCCUCAAAGUCAGCCAUAUCACUUGUCACCGGAUGAGGGAAAGGAACCUUACGGUCCGGCAUGUCGGGACUAUUUUUGGUUGCUGUGUCGGUUGGUGGAUUCGCUGUCACCGGAACUUGUGAAAGAUUGCGGGGGGGAGCUGAGCAGAAAACCCGGCUCUAUUGGAAUCGAGUCCAUGUGUAAACAGGUUUCGAAGAGCAUUCUGGAUCGGGACUAUCUGGAGAGUCGUCAUGGAAGUCCUGAUGAUGGGUUGUUCGGUCUGGUGAACUUAAUGGCAAAUUUGGUCAAGUUCGACCCACAGUUCAAGUUCAGCGAAGACGGGCAAGAAUUCAUCGGAAAAAUCUUUCAAUCUUUAUUCGAACUUCCAUCGCCGGAUGAUCGUGAAAAACCAAAAUGUAAAAGUCACGGCGCGCGUGCUGCGGCUUACGAUUUGCUGGUAGAGAUGUGCAAAAGUGCUCCGAAGAAUUACCUUUUGCUUCAUGGGAAAUUAAUGCAACAGCAUCGAGCUGGUCCCCACUCGCCCUAUCCCUGGGACUAUUGGCCGAGGGACGAAGGACGGUCCGAGUGUGGCUACGUAGGUCUUACGAAUUUGGGUGCCACCUGUUACAUGGCAUCGUGUAUCCAACAUCUCUUCAUGACGCCCCAAACGAGGGAUGCUAUUCUAUCGAUAUCGCCGGAUGCACCGCAAAAACAUAAGGCCACUCUGUAUGAAUUGCAACGCAUGUUUGCCUACCUGAUGGAGUCGGAACGUAAAGCAUACUGCCCUCGAUCGUUUUGCCGGGUCUACCAGAUGGAUCAUCAACCGCUGAAUACCGGCGAGCAGAAAGACAUGGCCGAGUUUUUCAUCGAUCUGGUGUCAAAAUUGGAAGAAAUGACACCGGAACUGAAGACCCUGGUGAAGCGAGUGUUCUGCGGAGUCAUCAGCAAUAAUGUCGUGUCUUUAGACUGUGGUCACGUGAGUCGCACUUUGGAAGAAUUCUACACGGUUCGGUGUCAGGUUGCGGACAUGCGUAAUUUGCACGAAUCGCUGGACGAAGUAACCGUGAAGGAUACGCUCGAAGGCGACAAUAUGUACACGUGUUCUCAGUGUGGCAAGAAGGUUCGGGCGGAGAAGCGAGCAUGCUUCAAAAAGUUGCCGCAAAUUUUGUGCUUCAAUACGAUGCGUUACACAUUCAACAUGGUUACGAUGCUCAAGGAAAAGGUCAACACCCAUUUCAGUUUUCCGAUGCGGUUAGACAUGUCCGGCUAUGUGGAGAAAACGCUGAUGCCACAGCAUUAUCAGGAGGAGAAGCGAAAAUCCGAACUUCGGCGUUCGGCUUCCAGGAACGUCAGUGAAUCGAGUGCUUCCGAUGGGAUGGGAUCUCUUUCCGGCGAAGAGCGAAAGGAAGAUAAAGUUAGUUCUAGCGAUGGCCAGGAUGUACAAAGUGCAUCAACUUCAACGGCCAAGAGUGAAGCUGCGGAGAAGGCUGAAAUUCAAAAGCAACAGCAAACUCUUGACGAAGAGGACUCGGAGGAUUUCAACGAGCACUAUGAGUAUGAUUUAGUUGGAGUGACGGUACAUACGGGAAAUGCUGACGGCGGCCACUACUACAGCUUCAUCAAGGAACGCAAUGAGGACAGCAAUCCGAACCAUCAAGAGCGAUGGUUCCUUUUCAAUGAUGCUGAGGUCAAACUGUUCGACCCUUCGCAAAUUGCUGCCGAGUGCUUUGGAGGAGAGAUGACGAGCAAAACCUACGACUCGGUGACGGAAAAGUAUUUGGAUUUCAGCUUCGAGAAGACCAAUUCGGCUUACAUGUUGUUCUACGAGUGGCGGUCAAACAAGGGCUCUAACAUCCAACGGGAUCAAGUCAGCAAGCCAUCCACAUGCACUUCGGGUGCAUCAAUGACUUCGAUGUCGAUUCCUGUUACGGCAACUACCACUAGUAGUAGUGAACCACUGGUGGUAACGCCUUCCUCGCCAUUUGCCAGCAGUGGACCCUGCACCAGUGCUUCAAUCGGUGCCAGCAUUACGGAAGUUGAUUGCAAUUUGAUUUCUCCACGCGAAACUGCAGUUAGCUCAAACGUUUCACUUCCGCUUACAUCGCCGAUAUCAUCAUCAUCAUCAUCAACAACAGUACUUCCCACAGUGAACAUUCGAGAUGCCGAUCAGACUGAUAGAAUCAUCCAGAAACAUCCCGGUGAAGUUUCAUCGGUAGUAGAUAACCUAAGUAACCUAAGUAAAUGUGAUAUAGAUGUUAAGGCUAGCCUACGAAGUACUGUUGGCGUGGUUCCAUCGCUGGCCCCGGUUCCAGGGGUCUCAUCCUCAUCUACGCAGUCACCACUGGCUGCGCUGCAGGCAACUUCACUGAGCAUUCUGCCGCCAUCGGGACCUCUGUUGGGUCCCUCCAUGCUCCCAUCACCAUCGUCAUCGUCCUAUUCGUCCAUUUCUUCGCUGUCGGCCCUGACCGCUACUGCUGGUGGUAACGUCGGUCUACCCUUGAGUGCAGUCGUACAACAGCCCACCAUAUCCAGUGCACUGCAGCCCUGUUCAUCGUCUGCCAGUUCGUCGUCUGGGUUGUCGCUGGUCGGGCUUGGACUGGUCCGAAUAGGGCCACCUCCAAAACGGAAACGCAAAAUUCUCAGCAAAGAGCUGGAGGAAUGGAUCUGGCAGGACAACAGGCACUUCCUUCAAGAUAGGAACAUUUUCGAGCAUACAUAUUUCAAUUUCAUGUGGCAAAUAUGUGGUCACAUACCGCAAACGUUGCUAGCCCUUCCCGAUAUUACGUGUAUUGCAGCGCAGCUAUCGGUAUCAUUCUUCAUCGAAACAUUCAUCCAUGCGAAAGAAAAGCCUACAAUGGUCCUUUGGGUGGAACUGCUCACCAAACAGUUCAACGCCAGUCAGGAGGCUUGCGAGUGGUUCCUCAGCCACAUGUCGGCAGAACCGUGGUGGCCCGUCCAGGUACUGAUCCAGUGUCCGAAUCAGAUGGUGCGACAGAUGUUCCAGCGGCUGGUCAUUCAUGUGAUUCAACGAUUGAGGCAAAGUCACAGCGCCCUCUACCUGAAGGUGGAAAGUGACGAGGAUGGGAAUGAAAUCAUUGGCAACGUUUCUUGCGUUACCAGGUUUAUCAAGUCUUUGAUUAUGCUUAUGGAACACGGAGCUCGUGCCCAUUUGCGUCAUCUGUCGGAGUUUUUCGGACUGCUGUACGAAUUCUCCCGAAUGGGCGAAGAGGAAGCUCUGUUCCUGCUUCGAAUAAAUGUGAUACGGAGCGUGGCUGAUUUCUAUCUCGGCCAUAAGGCUCAGGAUUGCAUUGAUCCUAAUUCCGACAACGAGGACAACUCAUCCGAUGAGGCUCUUACAGUUGACAAAAAUCGACCGGCGUCACUGGAUAAAAUGAUUGCUUUGGUAGCGUCUCUGGUGGAACGAUCUCGAGGUCCGGAUCUGCGACUACAUCUGUCAGCUCGGGAUUAUAAUGCCAUCGCUGGAGGAAAGGGUUUCCCUUUUCUCUAUCAGCAGAUCAAGGAUAAUAUCAAUCCGCACCAGACGAGGCACUUGAUCCAUGCGCUUUGCCGAUGUGACGAACGGUUGGCAGGGCAGAUCAUUGCGAUGCUUUUCACUGCCGUUACGAAGCAUACCGAGCUUUGUGGACCAUUCUUCAAGCUGUUGACGCUGCUGACGGAGUCCAACGGAGGUCCUUCCGGGUUGCCAUGUUUCUCCCAGCUAGUGCUGCAACGGGUUUGGGAUGCUGCCGAAUAUUGCCCUCAGUCAGCGUUGGAUUGGUUGGCGGUCCAAGCACCUCGAAACAAAAUUGCUCAUACCUGGAUCCUCCAGUCUGCCGAGAGUUGGGUUGAAACUUUUUUGCUUGCUCACAACAAUGCCAGAGUUCGCAAUGCCGCGGCAUAUUUGCUGGUGUCAUUGGUACCGUCUCAAAACUUUCGAACUAAUUUCCGUGCCACUUCCCAUCACAAGCUAACUAUGCAUGCGUCUCAGCCCAGAGAAAUUUCUUGUGAAGCUCAGCUUAUUCUGCAUUCAAUUUUGAAUCUCCUACUGCGGUUGCUCCGGUCUGCUCGAAAUUACACAGAAAUCAGUGCCCAUGGAACCACAAAGUUGACGGCGUACUUCAAUUUAAUGACGUACUGUUUAGUGUCUAAAACGGAGAAACUCAUGCUCGGUCCGCACUUACGAGCUCUCUGGGAGCUGUUCCAUCCUCGGCUAUCCGAACCUUCAGUUCCCGCGCAUCACAACAAACAAGCCCUUUUAGCGUUCUGGUACCAAGCCACGUUGGACUGUCCCGAGAAUGCCCUUCUAGUUGCUAACUGCCCCGAUAUCACCAGGAAUAUUGCAUUUAAUUACAUACUAGCCGACCAUGACGACUCGGAAAUCGUUACUUAUAAUCGUGCAAUGCUGCCCGUGUACUACGGGUUGCUUCGAAUGUGCUGCCAACAGAGCCGUUUGCUUACUCGUCAGCUCGCUGCUCAUCAAAACCUUCAGUGGGCGUUCAAGAAUAUCACUCCCCAUCCAACUCAGUACCCACUGGCCGUGGACGAACUGUUCCGCUUGAUGACGCUAUUCGCACAAAGGCAUGCUGAUGCAACGGAGGCGGAACAACGAGAGGUCACCAUCUUCCGGAGGACUACCCUGACGGCGUACCUCAGUGGUCUGGACGCGCGGGUAUCCUGGGGCACGUUAAUAGCUGCUUUGCGGAUUCUGGUCGACAACGACGAUGAUAGACUGUUCGUCGUAUUAAACGGAGGCAUCACCUUAUGCUUUGACGCGCUGCACACGUUACACUCCAUGUAUCAUGAGGCUACUGCCUGUCACGUGUUCGGCGAUCUGCAAGAAUUGCUAACGGAAGUCAUACUUUUGAUAAGCACACUUAGAGCGAGUUGUCGAGAGCAGAAAAAACGUCCACCACCGGCAUUGAUGAAAGGUCUCCCGGACGCAGUACGGAGAUUGGCUACACUGUUGAAUACCUUCAACCCACCGGAGAUGCGCAAUCUCGCCCUGGAGGUGCUCAAAGAGCUGGUCAAGUGUGCUCCUCCGGAGAUAAUCAGCACGGUUUUGGUGCCGCUGCUAACCCACUGCCACACACAGAACGUUGCCCAUACGAUGGGACCUUUGGGAUCGUAUUUUCCGCGACGUGGUAUGAAAGCGACCUGGCCGCCGGUGUCUAAGAACACUCCUCGACCACCACGACCUAUGGUCCAGAUGAACAUACCACAGUCGCAGAUUUGCGAGAAGGGUCUUGACAAGGACUUCGAUCUCGCACUAGAGCUGUUCUACCGUCCGUACCACGAGUUUCUAGACAUCAUGUUCCGGGUGGCGGUAACGUCCAAUCAAUUUAACGAACCGCUGGUUCACCUUUCGCUGUUAACCGGGAUCGAAGCCGUGGUGUUGCAUUUCAAUAUCUUUGCCAAGUUUUGGGUUGGCAUCUUCAAUAACAAAACCACCAACAGGUAUGCGGAGCUACUGAUCAAGAACCCAUUGUUGGUUGAUUACAUCGAUGAGAUACUGAGAGACGAAAGACUGUCGUUAAACGAUCCGGUGAUUGCGAACUUCAUCGAAAUCUAUUACCCGAAGGUGAAAUCCCGGUUGGUAGUGCCUCGUUUACUAGAAUCCAUCUGCCAACUCCUUCCCGAGAAAGGCAACCUAGAAGACAUUUGUGGCGACCUGCAAGCAAUACGCAUCAUUGGCCAGCGGACGGGCAUUCCCGGUUCAGUAAAAAUCCUCUUGCAGAACUCGCUGCAUGCGGUAUUGCUGAAGUUCAAGGACGAGAUGUACAGUGAUGAAGAAACACCACCGAAACGGCGCAAGAUAACAAACAGCAACGGCAACACUGCACAAACGCUAGUUCAGCGGCAACCAAAUCUGCGUUCACCGGUUUCCGAACCGGAACUGGAGCAGGAUAAGGCUUCGCGAUCUACCUUGGAACAUUCCGGUGUAGCGAAAGUGCAGGAAGUUGAGAAACAGCAGUCAGACGAAACGAUAGUGACGCAGCAAUCGGUCGAUGGCAAAGAACAGGAGAUAGCAAAGGGAAGUGAGCAGCAACUUCAUCAAGAGAAAAGUGAAGACAGUGCGGUAGAACGGAUGGAACAAGAUGGGGUCAUUUUGGGUAGUGAGGCUAAAAGCAGUGGAGAAGAAGAUAAGAACAAGCAAGAAGAGUCUGGUAGCAGUAGUAGUUGUAGUGGUAGCAAUAAUAACAAGGACGCGGAAGACAAGUCCAAACCCAAUACAUCCGGAGAAGAACAGUCCAAGGAGCAAAAGCAGGGUCUCAGCGAGCAGGAGCUGUACCAUCGAAAUCUAAUAAAGGACAUCGAAAGUCACAUCGAAUUAAUAUUUGAGUGUUUGGACGAAGACGAAGACGAGGUGGAAGAUAGUGCUCCAAAAUCGUCAUCGAAGGCGAAAGCGUCUUCCAAAGAGCCAUCAGAGGACGCCGAUGAAGACAACUGCGAAUCGGAAACAAUGCGCAGAAGAAGUUCAAGCAUCGGAACGACACCAAGUUCGUCGACGGCCGGUUGUCCCAGUCCCAGUAAAAUUAAACGUAGGAACCCGUCUGCUGAGGAACCUUCGGGGAAGACGGAAGAAGUGGAUCUAUCGAAUCAAUCGGAAACAUUGGCGGCAAAUACAGCGGAAGAUGAGGCAAAUAAAGAUGCGUGAGUAAGAAAGUGAAUUGCAGGUAAGUGAAAGAGCGAGUGUGUCUGGAUGAAUACAGUCGAAGUGAUUAUGCGAUUUUCGGUGAACCAAAAUUGUGAUGUUUUUAAAAGUUAAGGUUUGAUUUAUAUCUUUGGUACCAAAAAAUGUAGAGCGACGUGUGUAGAGAUGAGAGACGGUAAAGCAGGGUCGGAAGAGAUUUAUUUUCUUUCGCGACUAAAUUUUAUUGUAAAUUCAUAAAAUACUAAUUUUCGGCAUUCGAAAGUCAUCGUUGGUAGGAUUGUGUUUUUCCAUUGUGGAUAGCGAAAAUGAUGGAGAUAAGUAAGUGAUGAGUGAGUUAGAGGUGAAUCUUGACGCAGAUUAUUUUUUUUACUGUCAAAUAGUAGUUUCCGUAUUUAAGGGAAAAGGUGCUCGUGUAAUUUUAAUCAUGUUUCUUAUCACUGCAUACCUAACACAGGCAAUGUAUUUUUUUCCGAACGCAAAGUUUAGCUCUUUCGCGUGUGCAGCGAUUCGGUACGAGAAAAAAUGCAGCUGUUCUGUGUUUCGAUCAUGUUUUCUUAGUUGCUACGACCUACGAUUAAGGAAGUUUAAUUUAAAGCCUAUUUUUAUUACUUAUUACGAACUUAUUGUAUCCUAGAUCAUUGAAAAGUGAACGCUAUUAAAGGAAAUCGUAUUUAUUAAACUAGCUAGUCUACGGAAAAAAUGUCCUUAAGUUUUGUUAUACCAUUCUAAAUGUUUGAUGAUGCAGAAUCGAAAGUGAAAAUGAACCUAGAAGCGUAAGCUGAUGUUGAAAAUAAAAAAAAAAUAAU